ACCACCUUGACUUCGACUUUCUGGUAUCCGUGUAGUAGGCUGUUCCUUUACUGUGGAUGGACUGCAUGUAAUAUGCUGCUGUCAGUAUGAAAAUCAAGUCUCUAACGAGACCACCUGCGCCUCCGGGCGAAGGUGCUCUGCGACAACCCCGAAAUCUCGACCCGAGUCAUCACCCUUUUGAACGGGCCAGGGAAUACACAAGAGCCCUCAAUGCUGUUAAAAUGGAACGCAUGUUCGCCUCGCCGUUCAUCGGACAGUUAGGCCAAGGCCAUGUCGACGGGGUCUAUUCCAUGGCGAAGGACCCUGGCUCAUUGGAGAGACUUGCCAGUGGAAGUGGUGAUGGUAUGGUCAAAGUAUGGGACCUGGCAAGCCGCGACGAAUGCUGGAGUGUAAAAGCCCAUGAAAACGUGGUUCGAGGUUUGUGUUGGACUCCAGAAAGGAAACUGCUGUCCUGCGCCACCGACAAGACGGUCAAAGUCUGGGAUCCAUACAACGCAGAGCAGAACGGAGUGCCUCUGACAACUUACCUUGGCCAAGGAGCAUUCACUGAUAUCUCGCAUCAUCGGCAUCAUCCUUCAUUUGCUGCUUCAUCCAGCGCAAUAUCAAUAUAUGAUCUCUCCAGACCCUCUUCCGGCCCUUCCCAAGUCUUGCGUUGGCCGACUUCGACUGACACAAUCACCGCUGUUUCCUUCAAUCAGACCGAGACAUCUAUCCUGGCAUCGGCCGCCCUGGAUCGGGCCAUUAUCCUCUAUGACCUCCGCACCUCUUCGCCUCUGACCAAAGUCGUCCUGAGGCUAGCAUCCAAUGCAAUCUCUUGGAAUCCGAUGGAAGCUUUCAAUUUCGCAGCAGCAAAUGAGGAUCACAACAUCUAUAUAUUCGACAUGCGGAAACUGGACCGGGCGCUGAACGUGUUGAAAGACCACGUGGCUGCGGUCAUGGACGUCGAAUUUAGUCCCACCGGGGAGGAGUUGGUGAGUGCAUCAUACGAUCGGACAGUGCGGUUGUGGAAUAGAGACCGAGGCCAUUCGAGAGAUGUAUACCACACAAAGAGAAUGCAGAGAGUGUUCAGUUGUCGCUUUACCCCAGACAACAAUUACGUCUUGUCCGGGUCGGACGACGGCAAUGUGAGGUUGUGGCGAGUUGAUGCUUCGAGCCGACAGGGCAUCAAAUCGGCAAGGCAACGACAAAAGCUUGAGUAUGACCAGGCCUUGAUCCGGAGAUAUGCUCAUAUGCCGGAAAUUCGGCGGAUCAAGCGCCAUCGACACGUACCGAAAACUGUAAAGAAAGCAGGUGAAAUCAAAGGAGAGGAGCUCAAGUCGAUCAAGAGGAAAGAGGAGAAUGUCCGCAAACAUAGCAAGAAAGGCAGUAUGCCUCGACACAGCGAGAGAGAAAAAAUGGUUCUUGGGACGGAGAAAUGAGCCCUUUCCGGAUGGCAAACCAGGGGGAUCGUCGCUGCUUUCAGCAAUCAUGCGAUGCAACCCGACGAAGCACCAAGAGUCCCUACGACCAAGGAUUAAGAUGCGCAUAGUGUCGCCCAGCGCCCUUGACAUGCCACCGCUGUUCACGGUCCGCCAGCUAGAAGCACUGGAGGCCGAUCAGCGAAUACAUUGAUGAUCUUCUCUUCUGGGUUAUCGAUUCAGCGAAAACAUGGUCCUGUGUGACGAAUCGCCACAGGAUGGUCUUUUCAUUGGAGCCCAAUGGACACUAGAGCCUAGCUCUCAUUGAAAGGUGGAGAGACAGCAGUGUCUUUGCGAACUUGGAGUGGCCGUCAGGGCCGGAUUUCUAGGAAGACGAAUCGGACCACGGUCCUGAGAUCCAAUAUUGGCCUCCGAUGAAAGGAGAGCCGCGUGUGUUUGAGGUUGUAUGGAGUUUUGCCUGGUGUACCGGUUCAAUGAGGUCACACCAAGGCUACAUUGUACAAGGCUGCAACAAGGCCGCGACACGGGCAAAUUCUCGGCGGUUGAGAAAUGCCAGUUUAAUUUAGUUUUCUAAAAAUCAAAACAGUCGCCAGACACAAUUUCCUCACCGU